AUGCGUGUCUUUGUUACUGGUGCAACUGGCUUCAUCGGCCAAGCUGUGGUCCAGGAGCUUCUCGAUGCCGGCCACACCGUUGUCGGCCUAGCUCGCUCAGAUGCAUCGGCAGCUGCCCUCAAGGCCAAGGGCGUCGAUGUGAUCCAAGGCUCCCUUGAAGAUAUUGAGGCCGUUAAGAAGGGUGCCUCCGAGUCAGACGGUGUCAUCAACCUCGCUUUCAACCACGACUUCACCAAAUUUGCAGAGAAUGCCAAGGUCGAGCAUGCGGCUAUCAUGGCAAUGGGCGAUAUCCUGGAAGGAUCCAACCGCCCCAUUGUACUUGCAUCCGGCACCAUGAUGUUGCCCAAGGGAUACGGGCCCCGACUUGGACUCCCCGUGAAUGUUCGCGCAUCGACUGAACAAGAGGUGGCCACGCUUGCGGCUCGAGGCGUACGCGCCUCUGCCGUUCGCCUUUCUCCCACGGUCCAUGGAGACGACGACCAUGGGUUCAUUAACUUGAUUACUCAAGUUGCGCGCGCCAAGGGUGAAUCGAUCUACAUUGGCGAGGGGUUGAACCGAUGGCCUGCCGUUCAUCGCCUCGAUGCUGCACGCCUCUUCCGCCUCGCACUCGAAAAGGGCGUUGGGGGUACUAGGUACCACGCUGUGGGUGAGGAAGGUCUGAAGAUGAAGGAUAUUGCGGAGGCCAUUGGAAAAUCUGUCGGAAUUCCAACUUCGUCCAAGACUUUCGAGGAGGCUGCCGCACAUUUUGAUGGUGGCUUCAUGGGACUUGUUGUCGGCGCCGACAAUCCAUCCUCUAGCAAGAAGACUCAGGAGCAGCUUGGCUGGGCUCCUACUGGGCCGACUUUGCUCACUGAUAUUAAUGCUGGGGUGUACACUCGAGGACAGUUGACUAGCCCCAUCAAUGUUUGA